GAGACUGUCUGUGCAUAGUUCUCUCUGAAUAUAACAAAACACGAUUGCAUGAAGCUGUUUUAGCAGCUGCAGAAGGCAAGGAAAACGUACGUCUUGCAUUCUUGAUCUUAAACAUUUCAGUAAAUCAAUUACUUCAGACCACCAUGGCUUCCAACAAGUUGCUAACAGGAAAUCACUGGGUGGUAGCUGUAAUAGAUGUCUGUACUGAAACUACCUACUACUGUGAUCCCUUAGGUUUUCCUAUUCCCAUCAAUCUGUCAGUUGAAACACAGCCGGUUUCUUUAGAACUGAAAAGGGUUCUUAGCAAGCAAAUGAAAAUGUUCUAUCACACGAUUGCAAUGCAUAAGCCGAUGUUUGGCCCCAAUGGUGAACACAUCUGUUCUCAAAAUUGUUUGAACUUUCCUGUUCAAAAGUGUUCAUCGGCAUGUGGAAUAAUAGCAUUUACAUUUGUUACAAUUUCUGCAUUUACCCCAACAAAUGUCUGGGAAUGUAUAUGCUCACCCCACAUGGCUCUGAAUGAUGUAAAGUCAAAAUUGACUCUAUUUUGGCAAGCAAGUAAAUAUUCACCUUACCUACGCAAGGUGCUAGCGUGUUGGAUAUCCACUCAGACUAUUGACGUGACAAACAUCAUUGAUAAGUCUGCACUUGUACCCACGGCAUCGUCUUUUCAAGCAAGCAGACUUAGACUUAGACUUAGACUUAGACUUAGCCUGAAGCAGAAAGACUGCAAAACUGAAGAAGACAGUUUUUGUCACAAAAAUGCACCAUGUGACGAAGGUACAGAGAAUAGCAAUGAAAGGAGUCCGUCUACUACUCACUUGGACAUCUCUUCUGUAACAGCUCCACAGCUCACAACUGGACAAGAAUUUUCCUCCUUUGAAGAGCUAAAGCACUGCAUUUCUAGUUAUGAAAGAGCAACAUUUGUACAACUCGACAUUAGGAGAUCCAGGUCACUAGAAUCUGCCAAGAAGCGAGCAACUAAAAAGAACUUCAAUUCUGACUUAAGGUUUUCAGAAUUACAGUAUAACUGUAUUCAUGGUGGAAAGCACUUCCAGUCACGGGGUACAGGAAAACGCCCUAAUCACUCGUAAGUCUCAUUUGUUUGUCGUAAUAGCUAUUCAACACCUUCAUAUGUACAACUUCACUACAUUGCAGAACCUUUCAAAUGGAAUGCGCAUGUUUUGUGAGAAUUGUAGCAUCAACGGAUGGACAAAAAUUGACCAUCAAAAGUAUAAACCUCCAGCAUAAUCA